AUGAUCAUGAGCCACCCAGACAACACGAAGUCACUACCGGCACUGGCUCCGGGGCCGCCACGAAUAAGUGCUCCUCAUACUUCCACGGGUGUCAGCAGACCAAAGAAGAACUCCACGGCGUGUUUAGCCUGCAAGGCGGCAAAGAGAAAGUGUUCUGGACCACCCGGUAAAUGCAAGGCCUGUAGUGCCUCCAACCUCGAAUGCCUAUUUGAUCCGAGUCGAGACCUUAGGCGCAAGGUAGCCGUGAAGCGCACAAUCCAAGAACUGACCGAUCACAAAGACCUGUUAAAUGUUCUGUUAGACACAAUCCGAUCAGCUGAUCAAUUCGAUUGCGACAAGGUUGUGGGCAUCAUUCGAAACAGUGUCUCAAAGGAAGAAGUCGCCCGCGUUCUCGGAAGUCCUGCCACCAAGUUUGAAGACAGCCAUGGGGCUAAUGCCCUGGCGAUCUUGGAUGAUCAAGACUAUCCCGUGGAACCUUUAAAAACUGGAACGAGACGGGCCUCAGAUCCUCGCCACAUAACAAGCUCUCCAGAAGAGAUACAUGUCGAAUUUCCUCAACAACCAGCAGUCAGCUCUUACGCACGUAUCACACUGGAAAGCCUGUGUGAUAUACCGCUGUUCGAGGUGCAGGCCAAGCCGUGGACGCAAGUCACGGACGAUGACUAUUUGGUCUCCCACCUUGUUUCGCUUUACUUCACCUGGGAUCAUCCAUGCUCUCAGUUCCUUGACCAGGGUGCUUUUAUCGCGCAUAUGCGGCGCGGAAACCUGAACUCGGAAUUCUGUGCACCUAUCCUUGUCAACAGUCUUUUAUCAAUGGCCAGUGCCUAUUCCGAUAGCCCUGAUGUCCUUUCAAAUCCCGGAAAUGCAUUUUCACGAGGCCGAAGUUUCUUUUGUGAAGCAGAAAGAUUGUGGAAAGCCGAAAAAGGUCGCGCGAAUUUGACAAACAUCCAAGCUUUGCUUUUGAUGUGCUGUGUGCUCAAAUUCCAGGGACAAGUUCAACAAGGUUGGUUGAUGCUUCGGCAGGCUGUUCGCUUGGCUGAGGAAAUGGGACUCCUCGAUGUCUCCACAUUGUCUCGACCUAAAAACAAGAUGCUGCCUGAGAUUGAACGUGUUCGUACAAUCACUGCUUGGGGAAUUUCCCACUUGAGCUCGGAAUUGUCACUGGAGCUGCAGUGGGUUCCUGCCAUAGUGUACCCGGCAUUGGAUAUCAAGCUAUGUGGCGACCAGGAUUUUGACUGGACCCCAUAUCCUCGCUCAAACCAAAUUACAUAUGACAAAAGACCAGCAUGCCUUCCAGGUGUUCGGGAAGGAAUGGCCCAGAUCACCAAGGUCUUAAUCGAUGUCCAGAACCUUAUUUUCCAAAAAGGUCGGGGUACCGCCUUUGAAGAGUUAUGGAGACAGGCUGAGGGUCCAUUCGAUCGGUUGACUGCUUGGCUAGGACGUUGGCCUCAGGUGAUUGAAUUGGAGCGUGAACCCAUUCCACAAGUUCUCCUCAUGCGAGUCAAAUGCCUUCACACCAUCAUGUCCCUCUUUGAUAUCCUGAAUGACCCUCGUCAGCCACGACUCCUGCAACAGGCCUGGUAUUACCAGAUCAAUGCCGCUGAGGAGAUGGCGCAAUGUCUUCGUAUAUACCGCGAGUCGUACGGUCUCAAGCACAUACCCAGUCAAAUGGUUGAUGCCACCCAGACAGGCCUUCGGAUUCUAGCUUGCCAGCUGGAUGACAGUGACGAACUAAGACAAGCAUUUGUUGAGCUCAGUCGAUUUGGCACCGCUCUCAGCAAAAGGUUCAAGCGAACAGCUGACAAAAUCCAUGAGAUUCGUGCCCAGACACUAAGCCAAAACCUCAAGCUACCGUCCGAGGCCGUUGCACUGUUCGAUGACCCAGAGCACUGGGAGGGACGUGAGGCGUGA